AUGGCUGAAACUUCCGAGAGGAUCACCCCCACAAUCUUAUUUGAACAACCUGAAUUUGAUAACAAUGCUUACACCAUCACGGCCAUCUAUCAUGGUGGUACACUCAAAAUUUUCACCAGUCAUCCUUUGAAGCCAGCUAAUUCGGACCGGCCGGAGUACUAUAUGACUCAAUUAAGAUCCUUCGCCUUGACAGAUGGUAUUGACACCUUCCGCGAAGGCGCGACUUGGUUCCGCAAUGGUCAAUAUUGGGCAAAAGAGCAACGAGAAAAUGCGAUCAGGCGAGCCAACAACCGCUUUGCUUCCAAUGUAAUUCAAUCUACGCUCAAUGCCAGCUUUAGUACGGUCUGCGAAACGUCAGGCCAUGAGUCAAUUGAGUCAUUUAGUCGAAAAUCACAUUUCUCAUUCAACCAGACGAGUAUGACGGAGAGUUUCCAUACCAAGGAAUUUACAGAGAAGCCCAAGAGAGAUGGAAAGAACGGCCCGUAG